AUGCCUCGCACAGUCGAAUCACAACCGCCGAGCUCAUCUGAAGAGCCUGUGUUUGCGCAAUUCUCGGGUGAAGACCUCGUGGUUGGAGGGGGUGUGGCGAUCUUCCACAUUGCAUCGACGCGCGUCGUGAUCUGCAGCGCGCCGCGCAAGAAUGGGAAGAUAUCCUACUUCCUGCCUAAAGGGCGGCGGGACGCAGGAGAAGACAAUCGCACGGGCGCCGAACGGGAGGGCUACGAGGAGUCAGGCUAUCGCAACCGCCUCCUCCCACUGCCCACGUCACACCGCCAACCCCAAGCCCACCCGCGCGUCGCCUCGCCACCGCUCACUGCGGAGCCUGUCUGGAUGCAGCUAAUGCCGCUUGGCUAUUACAACAUGCAGUAUGUACUGUACUGGUAUAUUGCCGAGACGCUGCCGCCAGAUCUGGAGGACGAGUUGGAGACGGAAGUAGGUGGGGUAUAUAGACCGCCGCCAGCGUAUCCCAAUGGUCUGACGCUGAAGGAGAGGGUCAGACAGGAGCCGAGGGAGUAUGAGCCGAGGCACCACGAGGGAACAGGUGUUGAUGAAGAGGAGGCGGCGUAUGAUAGUCAUCUCGUGAGUGUCGAGGAGGCGGUGAGGAAGCUAGGAGGGCGGGGAUCGGUGAUGGCUGAUGUAGUGAUGCGAGGGUGGAAGGGUAUACAAGACCGGUUUGCCAUGGAGGAAACGCACGAUGCGACAACACAAAGUCCUGAAGUGAUGCACUAA